AUGGGACAAAACAAUAAAGAUGUGUGCAAGUCGGACCGAUGCUGUUGCCAACUGAUAUCAAAAUGCGAGGAAAAACCUAAACCACGAAAAAAUGUGUGCGGCGGACGUGAGGAACGGACCGAAAUGAGUAUAUGUGAUUUCUUAAAAUCACAACCGAUUCCGGAAUGGAUAAAAGUGAACACCGGGCGUCCUCAGCAUGGACGUAAUCCAUGUUCUGAGGCAAACGAUUCAAAAGACAGACAGCGUGGUCCGUGCGGACAGGCACCUCCGUCGUCGAACUGCGGCUCCGGCAAAAACCGCACAACCUAUGUACAUCAGCCAAAAUCCCAACCGGAGUGGGUACGAUCAUCAGAACAGCUCUGCUUGCCGAACAACGGUGGAAUGCAACAAUCUCAGCACCGUAACCGAAACGAUCAGCGUUCGCAACCAUCUACCUGUGAUACGGAAGACCGGCAACUAUCGCAGAUCAUCAUCAACUUCGGGACGGUGGUGACCAGCGACUCUGGUCAGCAGAACAAUUCGGAAGUCCAGGAAGUUCCGUCGGAGAAAAAGCGACGAACAUGUAAGUCCACCGCCCGUCCACCACCAGAUCGUUCAAGCUGUACACGCGGGCCUACCGAUCGUUCGACCUCCACCUGUCCACCUGCUGAACGUUCGACCUCUACCUGUCAACCGCCUGAACGUCCAAUCCCCACCUGUCCACCAGAGCGUUCAAGUUGUACACGUGCCCCAGCCGAUCGUCCAAACCCCACCUGUCCACCGCCAGAUCGUUCAAGUUGUACACGCGGGCCUUCCGAUCGUUCGACUUCUACCUGUCCAACAGAGCGUUCAAGUUGUCCACGUGCCCCAGCCGAUCGUCCAAUCCCCACAUGUCCAUCAGAGCGUUCAAGUUGUCCACGUGCCCCAGCCGAUCGUCCAAACCCCACCUGUCCACCGCCAGAUCGUUCAAGCUGUACACGCGGGCCUGCUGAUCGUUCGACUUCUACCUGUCCAAUAGAGCGUUCAAGUUGUCCACGUGCUCAAGCCGAUCGUCCAAUCCCCACCUGUCCAUCAGAGCGUUCAAGUUGUCCACGAGCUCCAGCCGAUCGUCCAAUCCCCACCUGUCCAUCAGAGCGUUCAAGUUGUCCACGUGCCCAAGCCGAUCGUCCAAUCCCCACCUGUCCAUCAGAGCGUUCAAGUUGUCCACGUGCCUCUGCCGAUCGUUCAAUAUGCGGUUCAGGUGCGCCAGCCGAUCGUUCCACCUCUUCCUGUCCACUGGCCGGCCGUUCGUCUUUUACACUACCACAGGCAUCUUCGACUUUUAUACGUCCAUCGAUGGAUCGGUCGAAUUUCACUUGUCCGCAGGCUGAUCGGAACAAUCGUUCGAUAAGUACACGUUCGCCGCCUGAUUGGUCAACCCGUUCACUGGCAGAUCGUUCGAACUCCGUCCGCCCACCUAACGUUCGUCCUCCCAACGUCCGUCCACCUAACGUCCGUCCGUACGGGAUGGAAUCUAAUACGACGACGCGGGGAUCUUACAGUCGGUACCAGGAUAACCCAAGUACUCAACAGAGAGCCCAUUCUGAAUCUGGAAUGAAGUCAAAGACAUCAUCAUGUUAUUGCGAUAACGGCAACUUGGACUACUAG